GUCAGAUUAAGGGGACACAACACACAGCCCCAGCCCUCUGGUCUCUAAAUACUGUUUGGCCACCCACUCCAAGGACCUGUCUCUAUUGUGGGGGUCUGGGGGAGAGCGUUUAGCAAUCCCCUUUCUUCUUCCUUCCCAGCAGUCUCGCCCUGGAACAUUCGGCCUCCAGGGAGCUCCUGUGUAACUGUAAGGGCCUGGCUUCCUAUGCGUCUGCCCCACGCACCUUCCUGAGACCUGGGAUCACAUUAGCAGGGCCACAGAACACAGCUUCUGCAGCUCCGAGUCAGAAGAGAAUGGAAGGACUUCCAACGAGCAGAUAUGGAGCUAUGGCUGAAGGCAGUGUAGAAGAUAACCAGUCACUGAGGGUCAUCCUGGUGGGGAAAUCUGGUUGCGGAAAAAGUGCCACUGGGAACAGCAUACUCUGUCAAUCUGUGUUUGAGUCCAGGCUGGCGGCCCAGGCUGUGACCAGGAAGUGCCAGAUGGCCACAGGCACGUGGAAUGGAAGGAACAUCCAGGUGGUUGACACACCCUCCAUCUUUGAAGCCAAGGCCCAGGACCAAGAGAUGUACAAGGACAUCUGGGACUGCUACCUGCUCUCAGCCCCAGGGCCCCAUGUGCUUCUGCUGGUGACACAGCUGGGGCACUUCACUGCCCAGGACAUGGUGGCAGUGAGGAAAGUGAAGGAGGUCUUUGGGGCAGAAGGCAUGAGAUAUGUGGUGGUCCUCUUCACCCACAAGGAGGACUUAGGAGACGGGUCCUUGGAUGACUAUGUAGCCAAAACGGACAACCACAGCCUGCAGAUCCUGGUCCAGGAGUGUGGGAAGAGGUACUGUGGCCUCAACAACCAGGCUACUGGGGAGGAGCAGAGGGAGCAGCUGGAGGAGCUGAUGGCUGUGGUCAAGAAGUUGGAGAGUGAUAACCAGAGUAAAUUCUACACAAACGACCUCUUCCACGAUGCAGAGAUGUUCCAGAGAAGCGGGGACGGCACCCCAGAAGAUUACAGGUGCUACCUGUCCAAAGUUCAAGUGCACAUUGAUAAGCAAAAGCGAGACCUGGAAGAUACUGGGAGUCACUGGGCAUCCAAGGCGGUCAACAGAUUCAAAAAUUAUAUCUUGUCUGAUAUAGUGCUUGGAAAUCAAGAUUCACAACUGCGACUUGUCUUAGUGGGUAAGACUGGAGCAGGAAAAAGUGCCACAGGGAACAGCAUCCUUGGAAGGAAAGCAUUUAAUUCCAGCAUUGCAGCAAAAUCCAUCACCAAGGCCUGUCAGAAAGAGAGAAGCAUGUGGAAUGGGAGAGAAAUAGUCGUCGUGGACACACCUGGCAUUUUCGACACGGAAGUACCGGAUGCUGACACACAAAGAGAGAUUGCUAAAUGUAUCCUCCUGACCUCCCCAGGGCCUCACGCUGUGCUCCUGGUGGUCCCGCUGGGCCGCUACACAAAGGAAGAACAAAAGGCCGUGGAGAAGAUGCUAUCAAUGUUUGGACCCAAAGCGAGGAGAUACAUGAUUCUCUUAUUCACCCGGAAAGAUGACUUGGAUGGCAUGGAGUUCCAUGAUUACUUAAAGGAAGCACCAGAAGGCAUUCAAAUUCUGAUGAAGCAGUUCAAGGAUCGCCACUGUGAGUUCAACAAUAAGGCAACAGGGGCUGAGCAGGAGGCUCAGAGGACACAACUGCUGGACCUGGUCCAGCGCAUGGUGAAGAAGAACGAGGGAGGAUUCUACACUAAUAAGAUGUACCAAAGGGCAGAAGUGGAGAUUCAGAAACAGAUUCAAGCUAAACAAGAACAAUACAGAGCUCAGCUGAAGAAAGAGAAAAGGCAGUUAAAAGAGGAGUAUAAAGAGAAAAUCAGAAAGCUAGAGGAUACAGUAGAGCAGGAAAUGAGAAAGGCAGAAAUGGAGAGGAAAUUUGAAGAAAGGGAGAAAUACUAUUACCUCAUGCAACAAAAUGCUAGAGGUGAAGUUGAGAGUCAGGAAGGGAUGCUUGAUUUAAUCUUGAAAGGAUUAAGAGUAAUCUGGAGAGAAAUCUCAUCUCUGUUCAAGGAAGAUUAGGCUAAUGAAAAUCUGUCUAAAUUUCCUGUGUGUUUUCAGGUGCGUCUGCCCCAUAUAACUCAUUCCCCAAAGUCAGAGCUCUCUGUUUCUGUCUCUCAGGUUCUGGGGUGUGUAGUAAAGUUCAGUCAUGGAAAUUGGUAGACUUUUGGUUGAUCUAAGAGGGAAGGAAAACAUCCUCAAUUUGUAAAACUCCAAAGCAGAAAGUAUGGAUGCUCCCUAUCUUCUGAACUCUCAGAGACAGAGAGAAAAUGAAUGCAGGAGAUCAAAAGACCAUGACCCCAAGCUUUCUCUAUUUAUCCUUAGUAAAGUUUCCUCCUCUAUAUUCUUUCUAGAUUGGCACAUAAUCUCCACCCGUGGCUCCUACUCCUUAUUUUUAUCUUUAGGAUCACAAUGCUCAUUUUACAGAUGUGGUUAGAGAAAUCAAUUCUUUGCCUUAGAUAAUCUAUAGAUAGAGAUGUUUAUAAAAUUCUUUCUAUAUAUACAUAAAUUUGUUGAAUUUAAUUUUUAUGGAAGGACUGAAAUUGGCCCUUAUCAUCUGCCCACUGGAGAACUAAUAUUUGUCUGGAAACUGUUUCUCAGAACUUAACUAAGUGAAAUGCCAGAAAGAGCAAAAGACAAGAGAUUCAACAGCUAAGAGAACAAUGUUCGGUAUAUUCAGAUGUUUCUGUAGAAAGUUGUUGAGCAAACUCAAUGUAACCACUUUGCUGAAUAACUAGUUCUCUUCUUUUCUUGUGAAACUAACUGUUGCCACCACACCUCCAUUACACCACACCUUGAUUACUUACUGCUAGGUGUAUCAUCCUCACACUGCUGCCUCCACUCAUUUGAAUUGUUUGCUCAUUGUUACCAUAAUAAAACGUUUCUAUUCUCUCUUAUUUGUGCAAAACUGAAAUUUCUUUUACUUUAUAAAAUAUCACCAAUACUUCUAAGAGUACAGGAAUGAAUUUCACUUUUUGAUAAAAAUUCAAGAUCCUUUUGGAGCUUUGCUUGGUCUACACCCUAAUAUGUAUCUCCAGCAUUCUCCAUUUGAACCACAUUCUUAAUCUCUCUGCACAUCAGAGACAACAUUCUCCUUGAAUUCAUUCAUUAUGAAUUCUGAUAUCUUUGUGAGUUUCCUGGGGGAGGGGGAUUUUUUAAUAUAUGAAUAAUAGUAAUUGAAGUUUAUCCCUUUUCUAAUAGGUACUCCUACCCUAAUAAUUCAUAGGCUUUCCCAAAGCACGUUUCCAUGUUCUACCAGUAUGUCCUGAUGGUCACAUGCCACUGUCCUUGCUCUGCCAUCUUGAAAGUGGCUUUUCCAUGUCCCACUUCAUUUUGUCUUCAAUAUACCUACACCUUACUUCCCCCAAACACAAAUGAAUUUCGAUUGUACAUUUAACAAAACUUAGCAAAGAUUCAAGGAUAUGUGACUGGUUCUUUCAGAAAUAGUCAUUCACAGUGAGACACAUUUGGUUUCACUUUGCAGAAUAUGGGGUGCACUCCCAUUGGAGUUUUACACAAAAUUAUGAGAUUGGAAGUUAACAUCCUCUUGUCUCAGGAGCUUCUAGAAGCACAUAUUGAACCAAAGAAAGAGCCACACAUACCUAGCAUGAAAAAAUUAAAUACAGGCUUAAUAUGAAAAAAGUCUUUAAGAGCUCUGUGCUACUUUCUGUGUAAAUGCACUCACUUAUUCUUACCCUUGAAUUCAGGUUUAUGCUGUAGAUGAGGCUAAGUAAAAGGUUCUGCUCUUGAUAAGCUGUGAGAAGAUGAGUAGCCCAUCUGAAAACCCUGAGAGCAGUGUUGCCCAUUUGUCUCUCUGGGCAGAAGGCAGACAGAAGGUCUUGAUAAAUAACAUGCAUUGUGGUUAGUAUGAUUGAAGAAUGAGGCAUGUUUCCUUCUCUGAAAAGUGUUGGGAGUUUAUACUAUUCAUACAUUCACUAACAGUCAUUGAUUGUUUGAACUUGAUGGAAGAUUUCGUAGGAGACAUUGAGAAUCUAGAGAAAGUAAAAUAAAGUCCAUUUUGAGAAUGGCUUCCUUCACUUAGCAUAAUGAUUUUGAGAAUCAUUCAAGUUGCUUGUGAAUAGAUGUUCUCUUUUACUGAUGAAUAGUAUUCCACCUUAUGGAUGUACCACAGUUCCUUUAUCACUUCUUUAUUUAUUCUUACGCCCCUAAUUGAUUUUCUUGCCAAAUUGCAUUGGCUGAAAUCUCCUUUAUAACAUUGAAUUGUAGUGGAAGGGCAUGCUUACUUUUUUCCAUGAUAUGCCUUUAGUAUUUCCCUGUUAAGUGAGUGAGAUACUGGAAAACAGGAGUAUAUGAUGUGUGUGUGUGUGUGUGUGUGUGUGUUGUGUAAUCAUUAAGUAAAUAUCUCCCGAUCACUAUUUUCUUGAGGGUUUUCAUCAUUAACAGCAAUUAAUUUUGUCCAAAGGCUUUUAAAAUUCAUCUAGGUGGUACUUGGGUAGUGGCCUGUGUAGCCAAACUCUGGAGAAGCUCUCUGUGAUGCAGAAGCUGGGCACUGAGGAAACCACAUACACUGAAUGAGUCCAUAGGUAAAAUAUCCAAUGAGGAGGACAGGAGAGAAGCUUAUAUCCUCAUGUGAUAACCAGUAUUUUAGGAACUGAUAAACUGAAGUAGAGAAAAAAUGGUGGCUGAAUAGGCAGCAGUGUCGUGCACCUCUUCUUGGGCCAGAAAAGCAACUAAAUUGAAGAACAUCCACCCUGAAUUAACAAAUUAAUCACAGUUGAAGAGACAAAUUUUCAUAAAAAACACAGAGGACUCCUAGAUAAUGUCACUUUCUAGUCAUAACACAUGUGGAACCACCACCAUGCUCCUACAGUGAGUGGCACAAUACCUCCUGGCAGGCUCUCAGACAUCUGCAGGGAGCAUGCUGCCAGAGUGAGCUCCUGAGCUAGGCCUUCUCACCAGCCCGCUGGGACCCAGCAUCCUAGGAUCUGGUUCCAAGACACCACAGUAGUGCAAGCCUGGGAGAACCAUGUGCCCCACCCCCACCACAGACCCCAGAACUGUGCUUCUAGCCUGAUCCAAAGCCACCCAGCACCCACACUAUGUCCAGCACUGGGACCUGUUGUCGGGGUGACUGGGAGCAACCCAGAGCAUGCCACAGAGGAGCUCUGACUGUGGAACCCUCUCCUUCCCAGCCCCCCAGGACAGUCCUGCCAGGGCCAUCUGGAGCAAGCCAAGGCUCCCCUAACUCUGGGUGAAAGGGUAGCAUGGAAUGAGUGGCCAAUGGCAACCAGCCUCCACUUCAUACUGAUAAGUGGCGAACUGGAACAACCCAGCACAUGUCUCACUCCAGCUACAAGAAAACAGGACAGUGUGACCCAGUGUAGCCCCAACCCUCUUCUCCCCAGCCCCUGGGACAGUCCUGCAGGGGCUACCUGGAGUAACCCAGCACAAAUCUCACUCCAAGCCAUAGGAAAGCACUGCUGAGGCAACCUGGAGCAAGCUGGUGUGCCCAGCCAGGGGCCACAGGACUGUGCUGCAAGUGCACUGCCAGAGGUACUUAGGGUGCCACCCUGCUGCAGGUGCUGGGGCUACACAGUGAAUUUCAUGCCAGAGGGCUCUGGGUCCUCAAAGGUCAUCGUACAUUAGAGGAACUGUGAACAUGGUCCCAUCAUACCAAGCAUCUAAAGCAGAAAACUGAGGGACCAGAUCCAUGGGACAAGGGGAUACAACUCGGAGCAGAGACAAUAAAGGCAUGAUACUCAAGGCAGACCCAGGCUUUGGAAUAAUGAUUUCUAGACUAUUGCCCUGAUAAGGUAUUUAACCUCUCAAACCCAAGCAGGAUGCACAGGGCCAGAGAGGGACAGAAAAAAUGGGAGACAAAGAAAGAACCCACCAAGGAAAGAAAAGGAGAUAUCACCAGAAAAGAAACUAAGUGAAAUGGAAGAAUGCAAUAUGUCAGGAAAUUAAUUCAGAGUAAGGGUCAUACAGUUCAUAAACUAGAUGGAAGAGAAAAAUCAA